UGUUCUUCUGCUUGACCUUGAACGCAUCACGCUGCACAGUCACGUGACAGAGAGAGAACCCCGCUCUUCACGCGCGCUGUCAUUUCAGCUAGUUUCUAAAAAACACUUCACAAUGGACAGAAGAGAAAACCCCCGGCCUGUAGUCUGCUGGUUAUGUGGAGAGGCAUUCACACUGCCUGAGGAUGAAGGGGAAGGCAACCUCCCCCGUGUGCUUCUAUGCAGCCACAUCUACUGCACAUCUUGUCUGCUGUCCAUUCAAUGUGACGGCACCAUUAAGUGCCCGGAGUGUGAGGUUGAAUCAACCCUUCCUGAAGGCGGGGUUAAUGCUCUGCAAGAAGAUAGCCGCAUCAUCGGCCUCAUCUACACUGCCAAAAUAAACAAGAUGAAAAGCAUACGCAUGGAAAAAUCACGCAGAAAGAAAAAAUCAUCAUCUCCAGGUGUUAACGACAGUACAGAGGAUGUUGAGCAGCAGGUAUGUUUGGCGGAUCAGAAGGUUGAUGUCAAGAAGACUGAGAAGUCGGUGGACGAGGCGUUGGUCCGGGCUGCAGGAAACCUUGCUCUUCUGGAACACAUCCAUGAGACUCUGAAGACCGGUCUGACAGAACAAGUAAAACUUGAACAAGCUCGGCUGGAGAAGGAGAUCAAGCAAUCUUCAGAGAAGGCUUUCAAUGCUAUUCAGAAGUGGAAGGAUGUGCAGCUGAGUCAGCUAAAUAAACUCGAGGCGCGAUUCUCGACCAGCCGCAUGGAGCUGGGUCGAGUCCAGGAGAGGAUAAAGUCCUUGGGGAUCGCCAUGCAGAUGGCCAGAGAAGUGUGCAGAGUUCCCUUCCUGGAGCAGUACUGCACCCUGGAUAAGGUUCUGGAGACAUUGCAGGCUCCUGUGGAUAAGUGGUCCUUUAACACGGAAUGCAUCACUGUGGGCUCUGGACUGAGCUGUGUGUUUCAGUCAGAGGGACUAAACCAGAGCCUGUCAUUGUCUCUGAAGAUGAUAGCCAGUAACCCAAAACGCUUGUCUGAGUUUCCACCAAAAGGAAGCCCGCCGAGUUACUCCUACAGAAAGUCCCCGGGACAGCAUUCAGAGAGCAGGAACAUCAACAGCGUCCCACAAAGCCACAAGAGGCCCCCCAGCCCACAAAAACAGGAACAAGGGAGUCAGAGGGCCAACAGUCCCUCGCCACAGUGCUCCCCUCCAAACCUGAGACCUCAUCGCAGGGCCAGCGCCCCCCUCUACGGCUCGACCUCAGACAUCAGAACCCCAGACGUUAUUGUUGAGGAGAUCAUAGAAGAUGGGAGAGUGGAAGGUUCCCCUCCCACUGGGCCUGAACUUGCUAAUGACAAAUGGAGAAUCCAAAGGAAACGUAAAAGUCUGACGCUCAGCAACAAGAGGAGUGUCAACCAGUGGGUGGUGGUAACCCACGUUGUGAAUCCGAGUCACUUCUACGUUCGCUACAUGGCAGAGAGGAGGGGGAGCGAGAUCCUGUCCAGUAAGAUCCACUAUAACUGCUGCAGUGAGAGUUGUCGCUUCACUGCCGGUGACACGGUGGAGACUGGCUCUCUGAUCUUUGUGAAGCAGGAAGAAGGACUCUGGUGUCGGGGUAAUGUCGUUGAAGUCUCACAGAUUGGAUGUGUUAAGACUAAAAAGGCCUGCCCCGCCUCCCAACUGGCCAGUAUCAGCGUCUUCCUCAUCGACUGUGGCCAAACCAAAAACCUUACCAUACAGAGUGAAGAAGGUUCCUCUGAGUCGUCACUAAAGGCCGUGAACAAUCACCUGAGGAAGGUGUCGGAAUCUCUGAAUGCAGAGCUGAGUAACUUUGCUGCUCAAGCCAUCAGAUGUUGCCUCAAAGACCUGGUCCCAUAUGAUCUGUCAAAGGGCUGGAGUGAGAAAGCUCAGGUUGAGUUCUGCAAUGUCGUCGGCUCUGCAGCUGUGGAGAUGCGGCCUUUCGGUCAGGACCAAGACUCUUUGUUGGUGGACCUGAGGAAAGCUCCCAUGGACCAGUCCAGCGAUGUUCCCAUCUCAGUCAGAGAGUACCUCGUUUUUAUUGAAGUGGCCAGGUUUUACUCUCCAGUGUCUCUGGGCAGGAAGCCUCUGUCCUACUACCCUCCUGUUUAUCCCAAGAUGAACACAGAGGUCAAUGCUGUGGUGUCUCACAUCAACAGCCCUGCAGACUUCUACAUCCAGCUGGUUGACAGCAUGGAGUCCUUGUUGCUGUCAGCCAAGCUCCAGGAAUGUUACAACGCAACAACCGUGGCCGAAGGUGACGACCUCAAGGUCUACUGCCCUGUGAUAGAACAGGCCUACGUCGCCCGCUAUGAGGACAAGCUGUGGUACCGAGCUCAGGUCAUAGGUCAUCCUGGAGAAAGAAAAGUGGAGGUGCGCUACGUUGACUUUGGCAAUAAGAAAGUCUUAACUGUCAGCGACUUGAGGAAGAUCAAGGACGAGUUCUUUGCACUUCCUUCUAUGGCAAUCCGCUGCUGUUUAUCUGAUGUGAACCCUGUGGAUGGAGAGACCUGGAGUGAAGCCUGCAUUGACAGAUUCAUCAAACUGGCUCAUCAGAAACUUGUCACGAUUGUGGCAAAAGCAUCCGUCCCAAAGACCAGGCCUCUGCCGGUCAAACUGUUUGAGAGCGGCCUGGACGGACCGCAGGCCAACAUCGCCGAGCUGCUGGUCAAAGAGGAGCUGGCCUGCUUCAGAGAGGACCUGAAGUCCAAGGAUGCCAGGCCGCGAGACGUGGGUGACGAGUCCACCAUCUGGGACCCUCCCCUUGACCUGGGUUCAGCCGCAGAUGGCGCUGAUGCCCCAGACCAAAAACUCAGCGAUGACGUGAAUGAAGAGCCGCUGCAGUUCCAGCCUCAGCUGAAGCUCCCGGCACAACUGAAAGACCUGAAAGUCAGGGUCAGCCACGUCAACUCACCGAGCAGCUUCUACGUCCAGCUCACUCAGAACGACUCUCAGCUGAGAAGGAUCUGUGAGCUGGUGAAGAAGGAGUGUGCGCCUGUGGAGCCCGAUGAGGACGCUGUGUGGAAGGCAGACAUGUACUGCGCUGCUCAUAUUAACGGGGUCUGGGAGAGAGGACAGCUCUGCUCUGACGUCAUUUCCAACAAUAUCGCAGAGGUGAUGCGCUGUGACCACGGAAGCAAGGUGAAGGUCCACGUCAGCAGCCUGAGACCGCUGCCUCAGUACUUGAUUGGCUCUCUGGCACUGGAGUGCACUCUGACUGACAUCAGGCCAGCUGGAGGCAGAUCCACCUGGACGGCUACAGCAUGCGACUCGAUCUCCUACUACCUGACCGGGGCCUCAGCUGUGAUGACUAUAAAGGAGUUGACGGAUGAGCGUCCACAGCCCAUCACUCUGUGCUGCUCCAACAAGAUGGGACAGUUUGUCAGCAUCGCAGACUUCCUGACCAGCGAGGGUCUGGCCCUCCGGGAAAGGAAACCGAGAGAUGCUGGCGAUCAAAAGCCAAAACCUGCUGAUGCGCAAUCACCAGUGAGCGUGACACACACUCCUGGUCCUGAUGGAGAUAAGGCAGACACUCUCCCACCUCCUUCCUUGCUCCCUGUCCCCUCCAAAUCCCCCGUCAUUGGCCCUCCCACCCCCACAAAACCCACCCCCUGCACCAUCAUGUCUGCUGAGGCUGAUGCACAGUCUCCAGUGAGCAUGGCACACACUCCUGGUCCUGAUGGAGAUAAGCCAGAUACUCUCCCACCUCCUUCCUUGCUCCCUGUUCCCUUCAAAUCCCCCGUCAUUGGCCCUCCCACCCCCACAAAACCUGCCCCCUGCACCAUCAUGUCUGCUGAGGCUGAUGCACAGUCUCCAGUGAGCGUGGCACACACUCCUGGUCCUGAUGGAGAUAAGCCAGACGCUCUUCCAUUUCCCUACCUGCUCCCCUUCCCCCCCAUAUCCCCCAUUAUAGGCCCUCCCACCCCCCCAAAACCCGCCCCCCGCACCAUCAUAUCUGCUGAGAAGGUGAAGACUCAGCUGUACCAGCCCCCAGAGCUGCCAUGCCUCGGUCACAUCCAGAUCAAUGUUUCUGCCAUCGGAGAGGACGGAUAUAUCUACGUCAGGACAAAGAAUGCAGAGUGUCAGCUGAAGCAGCUCAGGAAGAGGAUUCAGCAGAGCAUUAAGACAUUACCCAGACAGAAGCCCUACACCUGGAAGUCGGUGCUGGGCUGUGCCGUCAUCGGAUCUGACAUGUUGUGGUAUCGAGGACAGCUGCUGGAUGUGCUGGGAGGAUACGUGAAGGUCCAGUAUGUGGACCACGGCCUGGUGGAGAACAUCCCGGUGGUCCACGUGCACCCCAUGCUGCUGUGUGAGGACGUUCCUCAGCUCUGUAUGCCCUGCCAGCUGCACAGCAUCAGCCCUGUCGGAGGUCGGUGGCAGAGAGACGCGGUGGCCUUGCUCAGGGAGUUGUUGCUGAAUCGCUGUGUGGACAUGCAAGUCAUGGAGCUGCCGUCUGACCCGAGAGCACCGCUCCCAGUCGAGCUCUUCCUGGACGGGAUGAGCCUUAGCAAGAUUGUGAGUCACCACGAGCGCACCAUAGAGCGGACCGCAUCAGAACUGAAGGGAUCCUACACGAUGACUCCUCCACCCUUCCUGGAUGAUUGGGACAUUGAUACGGAGGGUCUGAGGGGCCCAGAGGAGCAGAUGCUGGGGCCCUACAGCUACCCAAACCUGCCACAGGAGGGAGAGCACUUUAAAGUCAGAGUGAAGCACCUGUGGACCCCGAACGAGCUGUUCCUGUGGCCUCUGGUGGGAACAGAUGACCUGGAGGUGUACGGAGAGACUCUGGAUGCAGCUCUGACCAGAAUCAAUGAGGACAUUGACGGUCUGCCACGACUCACCAACUUCCCUCACGGCGGUCCGUGUCUGGCAGAGUACAGUGAUGGGAAGUACUACCGGGCCAAGCUGAUCAAGAUCACCAGCAUAGAGCCCGUUAUGCUCCUGGUCCAGCACGUGGACUUCGGCUCUGAUGACACUCUGCCUCCCAGCAAGCUGCGUCAGAUGCCGGUUGAGCUGCUGGGUUUCCCAUCACGGGCGCUGAAGGUCAAAGUCGCCGGCUUCAAGGCUCCCAGUGUGAAGACGGAGGAAGGGAUGCUGCCCUACAGCCCCGGGUGGAGCGUGAAGGCUACGAUGGCCAUGAUGGAUCUGCUCCACAACAACAUCACCGCCUCUGUCGUGGCGAGGGAUCCUGAGCUCACGGUGCUCCUGUUCAACGAGGGUGGAGACCUGGUCCAUGAGUCUCUGGUGAGCCAGGGACUGGCUGACUUCAUGUGAAGCUGAGCAAAAACAAAACCUCCAGACUUCAAUUUAAGUUCUCUCCUGAUCAUGUUUUCUGAUCUUCAUUUCAUUCUGUCGGCUCUUCUAGUUUUAUUUUUAUGUUACAGAAGAGAGUCUGUUGUUUUAACGUCCUGUAUGUUCCUGUGAAGCAGCGUUUUAAGUUUGACUGUUGUGUUUGAGUGAGUCGAGAUGACUCAGCACUUUCUGUUCUGGUCUCCUGACUCAUGUGAGGCUGAUUGUUUGUGUGAAGAUUAAAGUCUUUCCACGCUGACGACA